GCUCUCGGAGGCUCCCCCCGAAGCCGGGGAUGCACACACUGGGGUUGCCUACCUGGGUGGUCUCUCUACUUUGGUGAGCUGUUGCUAAGCAGCUAAUAAUAGUCAUGUUUGCUGAGUAAUUUCUGCCCUCCGCGAGCCAAUCGCGUCGCAGAAACCCAAGCCAUCUGACAGCCCCGGGGGCGGGAGCUCCAGCCUUUUUCUCUUUCGCUCGAUCUCUCCCCCUCCACCCCCUCCCCUCCUCUUUCUCCAAAUGGAGAGAGUUCUUUUUUUUCUUCUUCCAUCUCAUCUAUUGAAUCAAGGAGCUGCUGCGGCCGCUGCCCGCUGCACACACACAGAGCGGAGUCCCCAGGUCCCGGGAGCGAGAGAGGCGCGCUGCACGGGGGCAGAAUGGUCCAGCGGGUCGGAGAGGAGCCCAAGAAAGCAGAGUCCGGGACCGAGCAGCCACCGCGAGCCCAGCAGCCCGAGCCCGAGCAGCCUGAGCAGCAGCUUCAGGAACCGCCACCGCCAGCAGCAGCCGCCGCGGAAGCGGCGGCGGCGGCUGCCCCGGCCCGGCAGCGCUGAGACCCACCGGGCACCCACGGACCCCGCGGCGGUGACUCUGCGCUCGCCCUCCGCGGCCGCUCGGGAGCGCGGAGAGGCGCCGAGGGAGCCCUCGAGACCGGCGGGAGCGGCGGGGAUUUGCUGGCGCUUUCUGCAGUGAAGGGGUCGCAGCGCGGGGCGGGGGGCGGCUAGGGGGAGUCGGACACAGCGAGGAGCGCCCCGCCAGCGGCCGGAGGACAGGCUGGCUCAGCGCGCCGGCUCUAGACCUCCCGAGAACUGGAUGUGGGCAGCGGCGGCCACAGAGACCUCGGGACCCCCGCGAUGUGGCAAUGGAAGGCGCAGGGUCUGACUCCCCGGCAGCGGCCGCGGCCGCCGCGGCAGCGGCGCCCGCCCUGUGAGCAGCAGCGGCGGCGGCAGGUCUGUCCACCGGAGCCCCAGCCCGAGGAGCCGGCGACCAGCAGCGUCCUCGCGAGCCGAGCGCUCAGGCGCGCCGGGAGCCCGCAGCGGCGGCGGCCGCUCGCCGGGCCGCCCGGGAAGCCUCGGUGGCCGCGGCUGCGGCGACGGCGGCGGCGGCAACAUGGCCUCGGCUGGUAACGCCGCCGAGCCCCAGGACCGCGGCGGCGGCGGCUGCAGCGGGAUCCCGGGCAGGCAGGCCGGCGCUGGGAGGCGCAGACGGACCGGGGGGCUGCGCCGCAACGCGGCGCCGGACCGGGACUAUCUGUACCGGCCCAGCUACUGCGAUGCCGCCUUCGCUCUGGAGCAGAUUUCCAAGGGGAAAGCUACUGGCCGGAAAGCGCCGCUGUGGCUGAGAGCGAAGUUUCAGAGACUCUUAUUUAAACUGGGUUGUUACAUUCAAAAAAACUGCGGCAAGUUCUUGGUUGUGGGCCUCCUCAUAUUUGGGGCCUUCGCUGUGGGAUUAAAGGCAGCUAAUCUCGAGACCAACGUGGAGGAGUUGUGGGUGGAAGUUGGUGGACGCGUAAGUCGUGAAUUAAAUUAUACGCGCCAGAAGAUUGGAGAAGAAGCUAUGUUCAAUCCUCAGCUCAUGAUUCAGACCCCGAAGGAAGAAGGUGCCGACGUCCUGACCACGGAGGCGCUACAACAGCACCUGGACUCGGCACUCCAGGCCAGCCGAGUCCACGUGUAUAUGUACAACAGGCAAUGGAAAUUGGAACAUUUGUGUUACAAAUCUGGAGAACUUAUUACAGAAACAGGUUACAUGGAUCAGAUCAUAGAGUAUUUAUACCCUUGCUUAAUUAUUACACCUUUGGACUGCUUCUGGGAAGGGGCGAAGUUACAGUCUGGCACCGCCUACCUACUAGGUAAGCCUCCUUUGCAGUGGACAAACUUUGACCCUUUGGAAUUCCUAGAAGAGUUAAAGAAAAUAAACUACCAAGUGGACAGCUGGGAGGAAAUGCUGAAUAAGGCCGAAGUUGGUCAUGGUUACAUGGACCGGCCCUGCCUCAAUCCGGCUGACCCAGACUGCCCCACCACGGCGCCCAACAAAAAUACCAGCAGACCUCUUGAUAUGGCCCUGGUUUUGAAUGGUGGGUGUCACGGAUUAUCCAGAAAGUAUAUGCACUGGCAGGAGGAGCUGAUCGUGGGUGGCACAGUCAAGAACAGCAGCGGGCACCUUGUCAGUGCCCACGCCUUGCAGACCAUGUUUCAGUUAAUGACCCCCAAGCAGAUGUAUGAACACUUCAAGGGGUAUGAGUAUGUCUCACACAUCAACUGGAAUGAGGACAAGGCAGCGGCCAUCCUGGAGGCCUGGCAGAGGAUGUAUGUGGAGGUGGUGCAUCAGAGCGUCGCUCAGAACUCCACCCAGAAGGUGCUUUCCUUCACCACGACGACCCUGGAUGACAUCCUCAAGUCCUUCUCUGACGUCAGUGUCAUCCGGGUGGCCAGCGGCUACUUACUGAUGCUUGCCUAUGCCUGUUUAACCAUGCUGCGCUGGGACUGCGCCAAGUCCCAGGGUGCCGUGGGGCUGGCGGGCGUCCUCUUGGUGGCGCUGUCCGUGGCUGCAGGACUGGGCCUGUGCUCACUGAUCGGGAUUUCCUUUAACGCUGCAACAACUCAGGUUCUGCCAUUUCUCGCUCUUGGUGUUGGCGUGGAUGACGUUUUCCUCCUGGCACAUGCGUUUAGUGAAACGGGACAGAAUAAAAGAAUCCCCUUUGAGGACAGGACCGGGGAGUGCCUCAAGCGCACGGGAGCCAGCGUGGCCCUCACAUCCAUCAGCAAUGUCACAGCCUUCUUCAUGGCUGCGUUGAUCCCCAUCCCUGCUCUGCGGGCCUUCUCCCUCCAGGCGGCUGUAGUAGUGGUGUUCAAUUUUGCUAUGGUUCUGCUAAUUUUCCCUGCAAUUCUCAGCAUGGAUUUGUAUCGUCGUGAGGAAAGGAGAUUGGAUAUUUUCUGCUGUUUCACAAGCCCCUGCGUCAGCAGAGUGAUCCAGGUUGAACCUCAGGCCUACACAGAGACUCAAGAUAGCACCCACUACAGCCCCCCACCCCCCUACAGCAGCCACAGCUUCGCCCACGAAACCCAGAUCACCAUGCAAUCCACGGUGCAGCUCCGCACGGAGUAUGACCCGCACACGCACGUGUACUACACCACCGCGGAGCCGCGCUCCGAGAUCUCCGUGCAGCCUGUCACCGUGACCCAGGACGCCCUCAGCUGCCAGAGCCCUGAGAGUGCCAGCUCCACGCGGGACCUGCUCUCCCAGUUCUCCGACUCCAGCCUCCACUGCCUGGAGCCCCACUGCACCAAGUGGACACUCUCAUCAUUUGCCGAGAAACACUAUGCUCCUUUCCUCCUGAAGCCAAGAGCCAAGGUCGUGGUGAUCUUCCUUUUCCUGGGCUUGCUGGGGGUCAGCCUUUAUGGGACCACCCGAGUGCAUGACGGGCUAGACCUGACAGACAUCGUGCCUCGGGAAACCAGAGAACAUGAUUUUAUUGCUGCACAGUUCAAAUACUUUUCUUUCUACAACAUGUAUAUAGUCACCCAAAAAGCAGACUACCCGAAUAUCCAGCACUUACUUUAUGACCUUCACAGGAGUUUCAGUAAUGUGAAGUAUGUCAUGUUAGAAGAAAAUAAACAGCUUCCCAAAAUGUGGCUGCAUUACUUCAGAGACUGGCUCCAAGGGCUGCAGGAUGCAUUUGACAGUGACUGGGAAACUGGGAAAAUCAUGCCAAACAAUUACAAAAAUGGAUCAGACGAUGGGGUCCUCGCCUACAAACUCCUGGUGCAAACUGGCAGCCGCGAUAAGCCCAUCGACAUCAGUCAGUUGACUAAACGGCGCCUGGUGGAUGCAGACGGCAUCAUUAAUCCCAGUGCUUUCUACAUCUACCUGACCGCUUGGGUGAGCAAUGACCCUGUGGCUUAUGCCGCCUCCCAGGCCAACAUCAGGCCCCACCGUCCUGAGUGGGUCCACGAUAAAGCCGACUACAUGCCAGAAACCAGACUGAGAAUCCCAGCAGCAGAGCCCAUCGAAUACGCUCAGUUCCCUUUCUACCUCAAUGGCUUGCGGGACACCUCUGACUUCGUGGAAGCAAUUGAGAAGGUCCGAGCCGUCUGCAACAACUACACGAGCCUGGGGCUCCCCAGCUACCCCAAUGGCUACCCCUUCCUCUUCUGGGAACAGUACAUUGGUCUGCGCCACUGGCUCCUGCUGUCCAUCAGCGUAGUGCUGGCCUGCACGUUCCUCGUGUGUGCCAUCUUCCUCCUGAACCCCUGGACUGCUGGGAUCAUUGUGGCGGUGCUUGCACUGAUGACUGUUGAGCUCUUUGGCAUGAUGGGCCUCAUCGGCAUCAAGCUGAGCGCUGUACCCGUGGUCAUCCUGGUUGCUUCUGUCGGCAUCGGAGUGGAAUUCACCGUUCACAUUGCUCUGGCAUUUCUCACGGCCAUUGGUGACGAGAACCGCAGGGCCGUGCUCGCCCUGGAGCACAUGUUCGCGCCCGUGCUCGACGGGGCUGUCUCUACGCUGCUGGGAGUGCUGAUGCUCGCCGGGUCUGAGUUUGACUUCAUUGUCAGGUAUUUCUUUGCUGUCCUGGUGAUCCUAACAACUCUGGGCGUCCUCAAUGGGCUGGUCUUGCUCCCCGUCCUCUUGUCCCUGUUUGGACCAUAUCCUGAGGUGUCUCCAGCCAACGGGCUGAACCGGCUGCCCACCCCGUCCCCCGAGCCACCCCCCAGCGUGGUCCGGUUCACCGUGCCCCCCGGUCACACCAGCAAUGGGUCUGACUCCUCUGAUUCCGAGUACAGUUCUCAGACAACAGUGUCAGGCAUCAGUGAGGAGCUGCAGCACUAUGAGGCCCAGCAGGGCGCAGGGGGUCCUGCCCACCAAGUGAUCGUGGAGGCCACCGACAACCCGGUCUUUGCCCGCUCCACUGUGGUCCCUCCCGGAACCAGACGUCGGCCCCUCUGGAGCCCCUGGCAGCAGCCCCACCAGGACGCCAAGGCCCCUCCUGGGCGGCCAGGCCAGCAGCCCUGGAAGGAGUCGCCUGGAGGAGGCUCAAGGCCACCGCCCUAUCGGCCACGCAGAGACGCCUUUGAGGUUUCGGCUGAAGGGCCCUCCCCUGGCAGCAGGGACCGUGCGGGCCCCCGGGGCACCCGUUCCCACCACACCCAGCACCCAGCAUUCACUACCACGGGCUACUGCCAGCCGGUUACCACAGUGACAGCCUCGGCGUCCGUGACGGUGGCUGUGCGCCCCCCACCCGCACACAGCUGGAGCCCCCAAGGGGUGCCCUGCCCCGAGGUCUGCGGCCCUGGCUGCGGGCCCUUUGAGGACCCGCAUGUGCCCUCUAGCGUCCACUGCAGACGGAGGGGCUCCAAGGUGGAAGUCAUAGAGCUGCAGGACGUGGAGUGUGAGGAGCGGCCCCGGGGCAGCUGCAGCUGAGAUGGUGAGUAAAAUCUGAAGCAGAGGCCAAAGAUUGGAAGCCCCCGCCCCCACCCGCACCCCUGACCAGAACCGCUUGGAGGUCAUGGGUGGGCUGUGCCAGGAGAGCAGCUCACUGUUACUGUAACCAAUUGUAUUAUUUUGUGAAAUAUUCCCAUAAGUAUUUAAGAGGUGUACACAUAUGUAACAUAGGAAGGAACAGAUGGGAAGGAGCAUGGUCUGCGCUCCCCACGCCUGGCCCUGGGUCCCUCCAGGCUUGUACAUUGGUCUCUGUGCCACAACCAAGCUUAACUUCAUCCUAAAUUUCAGCAUCUGUUGCUGCUGCUUAAAUAUUGUAUAAUUUACCUGUAUAAUUCUAUGCAAAUAUUGCUUAUGUAAUAGGACUAUUUUGUAAAGGUUUCUGUUUAAAGUAUUUUAAGUUCGCAUAUCACAACCCUGUGGUAGUAUGAAAUGUUACUGUUAACUUCCAAACACGCUAUGCGUGGUGAAUUUGUCAUUUAAUGAGCAGAUAUGAAGGAAGCACGCAGCGCCCGCAGCUGGUCCAGGUGUCGGUGCGAUUCUGUUCAGCCGGGUGCGGACCCCAGAGUGCCACACUGUCAUUUCUUCUGCUCUUGCUUCUCUCGCUGUCUGCAGCCCGUAGCAGGCUCUGCCCUGGCCAGGCUGCAGCAGGCAGUGUUUCGGUCUUACUCUGUGCUGGCGGAGGGCAAGCCUAAACACCUCCUUGUCCUUCGCCACACUUGUUUCAAGUCCAGGGCAUCUCUUAAGGUCAUUGGCCACCAUCCAGACACCCCAGUCCGUGCCUCAGAGGAGGGAGACAUUCCUUCUUGUGGAUCAUUGUGGUGGAUGUUGGACCCUCAGGGUAGACCUAACAUCUGUUUAUCUUUGUGGGUAUUAAAGAAUUAGUGACCAUGCCUAGCGGUGAGUCCCAGCUGGGCCCCGAACAUAGACUCUAAAGUCUUCAUUGUACCUCCUUCCCACUACCCCCACCACCCCAUGACCAACACACACAGACACACACACACAUGAACACCACCCCCUAAAAGUUUGAGUGGGCUAUAAAUCUUUUGGACACCAUGACCUUGCUACGGGUAGAAAAACCUGUCAGUCUGAGCCCACCACAAACCCAGAGGUGAUGUUUUGAGUCCCUAUGAUUUCUGUUCCUCCCUCUUCCUAAAUUACAUGGUUGGGGCUUUCUGGAUCUGUUUGCAUCUUCUUUAAAAGUAAAUAGCCUCCAAUACAGUGAUGCAAGGUGAGAGGUCCUGUAGGAUGUCAACUUCAGAAGGAUGCUCCUCAGUGUGUUAAUUAUUAACUUGGGUGCAUACUUCCUAAAUAAAUGCUUUCCCUCUCACUGUGGUAAGCGUUCUUUCAACAUGACUUUCAUUGAAGAGCAGGAAGGUGCUAAUUCACCCCACUGAAGAGUGUAUAAGGAGGCAGAUCUCUCAACCAGGCAUUAUUUUUAAAGAUUUGCUUCUGUAUCAGUUCUGUCAUCUUGCUCUGAAGUUUGGUCUUCCCCAGCUCUUAACCAGAGGCCAGCACGUGUUGACGAAGCAGCUCCCUUUAUGCCCUCCUAUUUCACCUGGGAAAUCUUAAUCCAAAGGCAGGGGACCCCCUGUCAUACCCAGCAGUGUAGUGACCUCAGACCCUAAAAUUUGCCACAAAACUCUUAAGAUACUAAUCGGAAACCACCUGUGGCCACCAGGUGAGUGUGUUACUAUGCCAGGGGCCCCAAUUGCCCCUCUGCCACUGUUUGGUGCCUCUCAGCCACACUGUUGGACUACCUAACACCUAGCUCUGCUCAGAAAACUUACAUCCUGGCUGGGUUCAGGAGUGAGAUGAAGCAGAAUGGCUCAUGCAUGCCUCACUCCUGUCCUGAGCCCAGCUCGUGUGGUGCGUGAUGGCUUGCACAGCCCCAGCUUUCUGUACACCGUAGAAUUUUCUCCAGUAGUCAUGUUGGCAAGGGAGAACUCGGGGGCUGGCAGGCAUCAAGAAUCUCUCUCUUUCUCUUUAAAAUAGUUGUAUUUUGUCUGUCUUGUUUGUUCAUUUGGAUGUUUUAAUUUUUUUUUUAAUCUUGGCAGAUAUUUAUAAUUUUGUAUCAUAAGAAUUUUUUUCCUACAGUGUUUGUCAUGCUGGUUUAUAACAAAACAAAUCGCAGGGAUUUUAUUUCUAUUGGAGACACUAUUACAGCUAUGUUUUACCUUUGAACAGAACUUUUAUUUGUAUAGAGUGCUUACUAAUGUUAAAUAGAUCAGAGUAUAUAACAUUUUCAUUAAGGACUCACAGUAGGUCUUAGUGUAAGGCAUUUAAGUAAAUAUUCAAACUGGGUCUCAUUGUCUGCCAGUUUGGGCAGAAAUGAGUUUGUGUCAUUUCAGUUACAAAGAUAAAAGUAUGCCAUAUAAUUUAUUUAUAUGAAAAUUUAUUUUUGUAGUGUACAUAGUAGUCAUCAAGUCUUUUGACAGAAGUAUAUUUUUAAAGAAUUUAUAUGUGAUGAAUCCAUAAUGUCUGGAACUUUGCUGAGACAUGAGUGGGGCACACUUUUCAUUGUAAAGGACAGCAAGGAAAAGGAAAUGUUUAACAGUGUUGAGAGAGUGAAAUUGAGUGAAUAUACACGCGGUUGUGAAAUGUGUUUUAUUUACCAUUUGUGACCUAGUGUGGUUCUCAUUUUAAACCUUGGAAGGCAAAAGUGUACAAACUCUCUAAACAUUAAUGUUCAAACACUGAUAGAAACUCUAACAUGAAUAAAAAAUAAUAUAACUUGUGGGUUA